AUGGACCCGUUCAGCAUUGCGACUGGAAUCCUAGGACUUCUCGGAACAGCCGCGACCGUGAUCAAGUUCCUCGACACGGUCAAGUCCACUCUCAAAGACGCCCCUAGGACGGUCGCUUGGGCCCUGGCUGAAGUCGACGACGUGCAUUCGGCUAUUACGAGGCUGCAUGGCUUGUUUGAACACAUUGAUUCGAUUCCCGAAGAUGCGCGAGCUUUGGUGACGGUUCAGGACGCGGCUGUUACUGUGUCUGAGCUGGUCACGUCGUUCGACGACCUCGUCGAUGUGCUCAAGCCGUUUGGGUUGUUGGACCCGGCGUUGAUGACGACGUGGGAUAAGGCGAAGUGGGCUCGGAGGCAGGACGAUGUCGCAAAGGUCAUUAUGAGAAUUCAGACUCGUAAGGCUUCUCUCACUCUUAUGCUGAAUAUCUUUCAGUGGUGA